CAAACUCUCUCUCUCCAUAGAAAAACAAAAAAAAAAAGGAAGAAAACACCCAUCUUUUUUUCUUCACAUUCCACACAUAGCAAUAGGGUUUUUUUAACUUUACUCUCUCCCUCUCUCUCCCCUUCCCCGGAGCUGAGAAAUCCUCAAAGAAGAUAAAACCCAAUCAAUCAAACACCAGACAAAACUUACCAAAUCCUAAAGUAGCUGUAACAUUUUCCACUUUUUUCAUCUUCUUCACUUGUAUAGAAGCAACAAAACCCUAGCUAGAGCUCAAUUAUUUGAAGACCCUUUUGAAUUUAUGAUCCAUUAGUACUCCAAGAUGACAUUUUUUAGAUGAAUUAAGGAUAUGAUGCUGUUGCCCAUCAAGCUCAAUUCACUCUACUAGGUUGGAGAGUGGAGCCAUGGAAGGCGAACAGCACGGGAUUGUACUGGCCUGUGCUAUUUCAGGGACCCUUUUUGCCAGUUUGGGUUUGGGUUCGUGUUGGAUUCUAUGGGCAGUGAAUUGGAGGCCAUGGAGGAUUUAUAGUUGGAUCUUUGCCAGAAAAUGGCCAUAUAUCCUACAAGGUCCCCAGCUGGGCAUAUUAUGUCGUUUUCUCUCUCUUUUUGCAUGGAUAAUUGUUGUAUCUCCGGUUCUAAUGCUUAUCAUGUGGGGAAGCUGGUUAAUUGUAAUAUUGCAUCGCGAUAUAAUUGGUCUGGCUGUAAUCAUGGCUGGUACUGCUCUUCUAUUGGCAUUCUAUUCAAUCAUGCUCUGGUGGAGAACACAAUGGCAAAGUUCAAGGGCAGUUGCUAUUCUUCUUCUUCUGGCUGUUGCCCUUCUCUGUGCAUAUGAAUUAUGUGCUGUGUAUGUUACAGCUGGAAAAAAUGCUUCUCAGCGAUAUUCACCCUCCGGUUUCUUUUUUGGUGUAUCAGCUAUUGCCUUGGCAAUUAACAUGCUCUUUAUUUGCCGAAUGGUCUUUAAUGGGAAUGGCUUAGAUGUGGAUGAGUAUGUGCGGAGGGCAUACAAAUUUGCUUAUAGUGAUUGUAUAGAAAUGGGUCCAAUUCCUUGCUCUCCAGAGCCACCUAACCCCAAUGAAUUAUACCCUCGGCAAUCCAGCAGGGCUUCACAUCUUGGACUUCUAUACUUUGGCUCGCUUGUGGUUCUUCUCGUCUAUUCCAUUUUAUAUGGUUUUACAGCAACAGAAGCACGCUGGCUUGGGUUCAUUACAUCAGCUGCUGUCAUUAUUCUUGAUUGGAACAUGGGGGCAUGCUUGUAUUGUUUCCAGCUUCUUCAAAGCCGUGUGGUGGCACUUUUCGUUGCUGGCACAUCUCGAGUUUUUCUUAUAUGCUUUGGGGUGCAUUACUGGUAUUUGGGUCAUUGCAUUAGUUAUGCUGUUGUAGCAUCUGUGCUAUUAGGUGCUGCUGUUUCUCGUCAUUUGUCAGUCACAAAUCCUUUAGUUGCUAGAAGAGAUGCCUUACAGAGCACAGUGAUUCGCCUCAGAGAGGGUUUUCGCAGAAAGGAACAGAACACUUCAUCUAGCUCUUCUGAAGGUUGUGGCUCAAGUGUAAAACGUAGUAGUAGUGUUGAAGCAGGUCCACUUGGUAACAUUGUUGAUUCUGGUAACCAGUCCACAGUGCAGUGUACAACUGAUGCUAGUAACUGGAAUAAUGUUCUAUGUCGAAAUGCCAGUUCUCAUGAGGGGAUCAAUAGUGAUAAAAGCACAGAAAGUGGAAGGCCAAGUUUAGCAUUACGUAGCAGUUCUUGUCGUUCAGUUGUCCAAGAGCCUGAAGCUGGGAUGUCUGGGGAUAAGUUUUUUUAUCAGAAUAAUUCCCUAGUGGUUUGCUCUAGCAGUGGUCUUGAUAGUCAAUGCUGUGAAUCUAGUGCAUCAAAUUCUGCAAAUCAACAACUGUUAGAUUUGAACCUUGCUCUUGCCUUUCAGGAAAGGUUGAAUGAUCCUAGGAUUACAUCUAUGCUGAAAAAGAGGGCAAGGGAAGGUGAUAGAGAAUUGGCUACUUUACUGCAGGAUAAAGGACUGGAUCCUAAUUUUGCCAUGAUGUUGAAGGAGAAGAACUUGGAUCCCACUAUCCUGGCAUUACUCCAGAGGAGCAGUUUGGAUGCAGAUAGAGAUCAUCGUGACAAUAAUGAUAUCACAAUUGUUGACUCAAAUAGCGUUGACAAUGUUAUGCCCAAUCAAAUUUCUCUUUCAGAAGAACUAAGGCUUCAGGGGCUUGAAAAGUGGCUUCAGUUGUCUAGAUUUGUUCUGCAUCACAUAGCAGGCACUCCUGAGCGAGCAUGGGUGCUCUUUAGUUUCAUCUUCAUUGUGGAAACAGUUAUUGUGGCAAUUGUUCGUCCCAAGACAAUUAAAAUUAUAAAUACAGUACAUCAACAGUUUGAGCUUGGGAUUGCAGUAUUUCUAUUAUCUCUUGUUGUUUGCUCAAUCAUGACUUUUCUUCGGUCACUUCAAGUAGAAGAGAUGGCCAUGACAUCAAAACCUCGCAAGUAUGGUAUUAUUGCUUGGCUGCUUAGCACUGGUGUUGGAUUGUUGCUUUCCUUCUUGAGCAAAUCAUCAAUGCUUCUAGGAUUAUCCUUGACUGUUCCACUCAUGGUGGCUUGUCUUUCUGUUGCAAUUCCUAUUUGGAUUCACAAUGGCUACCACUUUUGGCCUCAAGUGCAGUCUGCAGGUCAUGCUGGAAAUCAUCGUCCUCCUGGGACAAAGGAGGGUAUUGUUCUUAUUGUUUGUACGAUAGUAUUUAUUGGAUCUGUGGUAGCUUUGGGUGCUAUUGUGUCUGCAAAGCCGCUAGAUGAAUUGGGAUACAGGGCAUUGACCACUGGUCAGAAAAGCUUUAGUUCUGCUUAUGCAUCACCAGCAUACCUUGGUUGGGUGAUGGCAUCUGCAAUUGCUUUAAUAGUCACUGGUGUGCUACCAAUUGUUUCAUGGUUUGCAACAUAUCGGUUUUCCCUGUCUUCUGCUGUAUGUGUUGGGAUAUUUGCAGUUGUUCUUGUGGCAUUUUGUGGUGUAUCCUAUUUGGAAGUUGUCCAAUCUAGGGAUGACCAGGUUCCAACAAAGGGUGAUUUUCUUGCUGCACUACUUCCUCUUGUGUGCAUUCCAGCAUUGCUAUCACUUUGCUGUGGAUUGCUUAAAUGGAAAGACGAUGAUUGGAAACUUUCUCGAGGUGUAUAUAUAUUUGUUAUUAUUGGUCUUCUUCUUCUGCUUGGUGCAAUAUCUGCUGUUGUAGUUGUGGUUAAGCCAUGGACUAUAGGGGUAGCAUUCCUCUUAAUUCUUCUCCUGAUCGUACUAGCUAUUGGUGUUAUCCAUCAUUGGGCUUCAAACAAUUUCUAUUUGACCAGGACACAGACGCUCUUUGUUUGUUUCCUUGCUUUUCUUUUGGGCUUGGCAGCAUUUCUUGUUGGAUGGUUUGGAGGAAAGCCUUUUGUAGGAGCAUCCGUUGGUUAUUUUGCAUUUUUGUUUCUUCUUGCUGGACGAGCAUUGACUGUCCUGCUGUCACCACCCAUAGUAGUUUAUUCACCACGAGUACUGCCUGUUUAUGUUUAUGAUGCCCAUGCAGAUUGUGGAAAGAAUGUCAGCGGUGCAUUUCUCAUGCUUUAUGGGAUCGCUUUGGCAACUGAAGGAUGGGGUGUUGUUGCCAGUUUGAAUAUUUAUCCACCAUUUGCUGGUGCUGCUGUAUCUGCAGUUACUCUUGUUGUAUCCUUUGGGUUUGCUGUCUCACGUCCAUGCCUGACUUUAAAGAUGAUGGAUGAUGCAGUUCAUUUUCUCAGCAAGGAUACCAUUGUUCAAGCAAUUACACGAUCUGCCACUAAGACAAGAAAUGCUUUGUCUGGAACAUAUUCCGCACCUCAGCAAUCUGCUAGUUCAACAGCUCUUUUGGUUGGGGACCCUACUGCUGCACGUGAUAAGGCAGGGAACCUUGUGCUUCCUAGGGAUGAUGUCAUGAAAUUGAGAGACCGUCUAAGAAAUGAGGAAUUGCUAGUAGGAUCUUUCUUCUGCAGGAUGAGAUACCGAACAUUUCGAUGUGACUCAGCUAGUGGUUUAGAUCACAGAAGGGAAAUGUGUGCCCAUGCACGAAUUUUGGCUUUAGAAGAGGCAAUUGAUACUGAAUGGGUAUAUAUGUGGGACAGAUUUGGUGGUUACUUACUUCUUCUGCUUGGUUUGACUGCUCAGGCAGAAAGAGUACAGGAUGAGGUACGCUUGAGGCUUUUUCUUGAUAGCAUAGGUUUCUCAGACCUAAGUGCCAAGAAAAUCAAGAAGUGGAUGCCAGAGGACCGUAGGCAAUUUGAGAUUAUUCAGGAUAGCUAUCUGAGAGAAAAGGAGAUGGAAGAGGAAAUCUUAAUGCAAAGACGUGAAGAGGAGGGUAAGGGUAAAGAAAGAAGGAAGGCCCUUUUGGAGAAGGAAGAACGCAAAUGGAAGGAGAUUGAAGCUUCUCUCAUUUCCACAAUUCCUAAUGCUGGCAGCAGGGAGGCGGCAGCCAUGGCAGCUGCAGUGCGUGCUGUAGGAGGUGAUUCGGUUCUCAGUGAUUCCUUUGCACGGGAAAGGGUUUCAAGCAUUGCCCGUAGGAUACGCACAGCUCAAUUAGCUCGCCGAGCACUGCAGACCGGAGUUACAGGUUCUGUAUGUGUUCUUGAUGAUGAACCAACCACAAGUGGCAGGCACUGUGGUGAGAUCGAUCCCAGUGUAUGCCAAAGUAGAAAGGUCAGUUUUUCCAUUGCUGUUAUGAUCCAACCUGAGUCUGGACCAGUUUGCCUUCUAGGCACUGAAUUUCAGAAGAAAGAAUGCUGGGAAAUUCUGGUGGCUGGUGCUGAGCAAGGUAUUGAGGCUGGACAGGUUGGGCUUAGAUUAAUCACUAAAGGUGAUAGGCAGACAACUGUUGCCAAGGAGUGGAGUAUCAGUGCAACAAGUAUUGCGGAUGGAAGGUGGCAUAUUGUGACAAUGACAAUUGAUGCUGAUUUGGGUGAAGCAACUUGCUAUAUGGAUGGUGGCUUUGAUGGCUACCAAACUGGGCUACCAUUGUCUGUGGGCAGUAGUAUCUGGGAACAGGGGACAGAAGUUUGGGUUGGUGUUAGGCCACCAAUAGAUAUGGAUGCAUUUGGAAGGUCAGAUAGUGAAGGAGCCGAGUCUAAGAUGUAUAUAAUGGAUGUUUUCUUAUGGGGAAGGUGCUUAACUGAAGACGAGAUUGCCUCUCUUCACACUGCGAUAGGCUCAACGGAGUUUGGUAUGAUUGACUACCACGAAGAUAAUUGGCAGUGGGCAGAUUCACCCCCCAGAGUUGAUGAGUGGGAUAGUGAUCCUGCAGAUGUAGAUCUUUAUGAUAGGGAUGAUGUGGAUUGGGAUGGGCAAUAUUCAAGUGGGAGGAAAAGAAGAUCAGAUCGUGAAGGAGUGGUGAUAGAUGUUGAUUCUUUUGCUAGGAGGUUUAGGAAACCUAGGAUAGAAACCCAGGAAGAAAUUAAUCAACGAAUGCUUUCGGUUGAAUUGGCUGUUAAAGAAGCCUUGUGUGCUAGAGGAGAAGCAAAUUUUACUGAUCAGGAGUUUCCUCCGAAUGAUCAAUCAUUAUACAUGGAUCCUGCAAAUCCCCCUUCAAAGUUGCAGGUUGUCUCUGAGUGGAUGAGGCCUGUGGAAAUAGUUAAGGAAAGCCAUCUAGACUCCCACCCGUGCUUGUUUUCUGGGGCUGCAAAUCCCUCUGAUGUUUGUCAGGGUCGUUUAGGUGAUUGUUGGUUUCUAAGCGCUGUUGCUGUUCUAACGGAGGUAUCGCGAAUAUCAGAAGUGAUUAUUACCCCAGAGUAUAAUGAAGAAGGAAUUUACACGGUUCGCUUUUGUAUUCAGGGUGACUGGGUCCCAGUUGUUGUUGAUGAUUGGAUUCCAUGUGAAUCACCAGGUAAACCUGCAUUUGCUACCAGCCAGAAGGGUAAUGAACUCUGGGUUUCUAUAUUGGAGAAAGCGUAUGCGAAAUUGCAUGGUUCUUACGAGGCAUUGGAAGGCGGGCUUGUUCAGGAUGCCCUUGUGGACCUUACUGGAGGUGCUGGUGAAGAGAUUGACAUGCGGAGUGCUCAGGCCCAGAUUGAUCUUGCAAGUGGUAGACUGUGGUCUCAAUUGUUGCGCUUUAAACAAGAAGGCUUUCUACUGGGUGCAGGGAGUCCAUCUGGUUCUGAUGUUCACAUUUCUUCCAGUGGUAUUGUGCAGGGCCAUGCGUACUCUUUGCUGCAGGUAAGAGAGGUGGAUGGCCAUAAGCUUGUUCAAAUUCGAAAUCCAUGGGCUAAUGAAGUAGAGUGGAAUGGACCUUGGUCUGACUCAUCUCCUGAAUGGACUGAUAGGAUGAAGCACAAGUUAAAGCAUGUUCCACAGUCCAAAGAUGGUAUAUUUUGGAUGUCCUGGCAAGACUUUCAAAUCCACUUCCGGUCAAUAUAUGUAUGUCGUGUCUAUCCCCCUGAGAUGCGGUAUUCUGUUCAUGGCCAAUGGCGAGGCUACAGUGCUGGUGGAUGCCAAGAUUAUGCUUCCUGGAAUCAAAAUCCACAAUUCCGAUUGAGGGCCACUGGUCCAGAUGCAUCAUUACCAAUUCACUUGUUCAUCACUUUAACUCAGGGUGUGAGUUUCUCUAGAACAGCAGCUGGUUUCAGAAAUUACCAAUCCAGUCAUGAUUCAAUGAUGUUCUACAUUGGAAUGAGGAUUCUGAAAACUCGUGGUCGCCGUGCUUCCUACAACAUUUACCUACACGAAUCAGUUGGCGGGACAGAUUAUGUCAAUUCUCGAGAAAUAUCAUGUGAAAUGGUUUUGGAUCCUGAUCCAAAAGGUUACACAAUUGUACCCACAACUAUACAUCCCGGGGAAGAAGCACCAUUUGUUCUCUCCAUUUUCACCAAAGCAUCAGUAAUCCUGGAAGCUUUGUAAUAAUCAGUGAUGGCUGUUCAGUUGUUUUCUUGUCCUUUGGGCUGUGAGCUUACCUGCUAGAUUUUGAAGUGCUUGGGUUGUUCAUAGUUCAUGUACCACCCAUAGGCAGGUUUUGUUGAACCACAAAUCAGUGUGCAGAGCGAAGGUAAAUUGUGUCUUGAGUUUCUUCUGUCCAUUUUGCAGUGCAUCUUCUAUGCAUCUACUUCCCUUCUGUUCUUGUUCUCAAGAAGUUUGUCUCUGCACAAUGUGGUUCUCAGCUGCCUGGAUGGCCUGUGAAGAGAGCAAGCAAGCCAUUUUUGGACUUGAUUACCAGCACCAAAUGAAUUUGAAUGCACUUAGGUAGAUGCCAGAGCUUAUUGCGUCGAUCUGGAGGGUUGUCAAAACUGGUUUAAAUCAUUUGUCUGCCACCUUCAGAGGGUUGUCUGGCACGGUUAAUUGUACAUGUGUAGGUAUGUAAUUUGUAAGAAAUAUAGGUCAGAUCAUGUAAAUGAAGCGGGGAAAGAGAAAGGUUGAAAAGAAAUAGGAAAAUAGUUACUAACGCAAGCUCUAGGUGAAAACCAAAAAGCAUGGUAGCUGGAGAAGGUUUCAGCUGCAUUUUUGAUGUGCUUUGUAUUCUGAACAGGUUAUCACUUGUAAAAGUCUUUAUUUUUGCAAUAUAAUCAUUUGUUAUUUGAUUUGGUAA